AAGAAUGACGUCGCAACAGAAAGUUUUUGUUAUUUAAAAAUCUGUGGUGCUUGCGACACUUGUGAUGUUAUUGUGGUUGAGUUACUUGAAACAGCUGGAGCUGGCGUGCGCUAAUGUGGCUGAGUUGCCGAGAGGUGGCGCUUUCAACUUCAAAACAAUGUGUGAGGACGAGGAAUGGGGAAACGAGAACGAGGCGAUGCCGGGAGAACCUCGCACGCCGAGUUCAGGGGGCGAGCGAGCGUCGAGCGGCGCCGCUUCUCCUACUUCGGGGAGUUCUCCCGCUGCCUCGCCUCCGCGCCUGCGGCUGAAUACCAGCCUGGCUACCGACCCGGCGCUUGCACCACAAGCGACGUUACUGAAGCGUGAAUCGCCAUCCCCUUCGCCGCCGCCACCGGCAACACAACAGCCGAAAGACUUUAUACCGAUUACCGUAAAUAACUUCCCAGCUUUAUUCCCUACUGUUGCCCCGCCGGGCUAUACGUGCACACCCUGCGGUAUAAGAUACUCUUCUCUGAGCACACUCCAAGCUCAUCAGCAACAUUACUGCUCCAAACGAAAAACUAAGGCCGAAAACAACGACUCUUCUACGGAGCAAGCGGCUGACGAUUCAAGUGGCGAUGCUAAAUGUUCAAGACCUCCAGAAGCCUCAAGAAAACAAUACGCGUGUACAUACUGUUCCUAUAGUGCUGAUAAAAAAGUUAGUUUAAAUCGUCACAUGCGAAUGCAUUCAUCGUCACCAUUAAGCAGUGGAACGCCCGUACCAGCACCUACCUCAAAUGGUGAAGCAACAGAGAGCUCUCCAACCCAAGACAGACACUGCGUCGACUGCGACAUUCACUUUAGUUCGGUAAAAACGUACCGCGCACACAAAGACUACUACUGCAACACUAGGCAAGUUGUCAAGCCAGCAUUGGCUGCUAGAACAGGUUCAGUAACUUCAGGCUCCGCCCCUCCAUCACCAGGAACUAGUCCACCGGCGCAGAAUCAGUACGCCCUCGCGUUACCAACCAAUCCAAUUCUCAUCGUACCAUAUUCAUUGUUUCGGAGUGCCAGCACCUUGCCUGGUACAACUUUACCAGAUCCCGACACGCCGUGCUUUCUGUUGCCGAAUGGCACAUUCCAACCAAUAAGUCGAGCGUUGGCAAAUUCAAACACAGAGGGUAAAGAAGCCGAAGUGUUAAAGUCUGCAAACCGGCCUCGUGAACCGUCAAGGGACACCACCACACCAUUAGAUCUGAGCGUGCGCCGCACACCUGAAUCAGUCACAACUGAUGAACACGAGAAAGAAAACAGACUUCGGUCAACGACACCAGAACAGAUAGUCUGUGCUCCGUCAUUACCCGGGUCACCUGCCACACCCUCACCGUCAAGAAGAUCAUCUUCACCAAGCGGUGAGAGUUCACCUAAGCGAAGACGGCGAAACUCAAGGGAUCCUACUCCAAAGCCACUAAUACCAUCGCCUCAUGAUGAUAAAUUUUCAGGUUUGGUUCCUCAAUCGAUAAUACCACCAGCUCUGGCCCUACGACUCGCAACAGAAUUGCCCGUUACCACGUCAUCACCUCAAGUUUUGGUCAAACAAGGUGUAUCCAAAUGCAAAGAGUGCAAUAUUGUAUUCUACAAGUAUGAAAACUAUCGCAUUCACAAGCGGAACUACUGCUCUGCUCGAGGUGGUGAAGAACGCGCAAGUCCUGCGCCCCCGGAGCCCGGGCCUCCGCCGCAGUACCGCCAACUGAUAUGUCUAGCGUGCGGCAUACAUUUUAGUUCCUUAGAUAAUCUCACCACACACCAAUCGUUCUAUUGCACGAAGAGAGACACGCGUUCUCCGAGAAGUUUGCCAGAAGUGGCGAGACCGGCCUCGAAUUCUGAGGGAGGAUGGAAAUGUCCUUGCUGCGAUGUCGUUUCCCCUACUGCAGCCGCAGCACAGAGACACGUGGAAGGCCAUGGUGCAGUAAAAGCAUUCCGGUGCACAAUCUGUCGAUACCGGGGCAACACGCUGAGAGGAAUGCGGACCCACAUACGCAUGCACUUCCGGGACAAGCCUGCAGAUCUGCAGGAGGAGAGCUUUAUCUCGUGCGUGGUGGAGGACGACAGUCGUGAAGCUUCGUCUCCGAGCCCGGCCGGCGGCGAGCGCGUACACCGCUGCGGCAGCUGUGCGUACACGUCCACGUACCGCGGCAACGUUGUACGCCACGCGCGCCUCGUGCACGCCGCCGACGACCCGGAACCCGAGCGGAUGUCCCCCGCGCCCGCGCCCGUGGCCCCGCCCGCUCUCGUCAAGAAGGAGCCCGAGCUCGACGAGGAGACCCCCAACUACUGCAAGUCGUGCAACAUCUCCUUCAAAUACGUCAACACUUACAAAGCGCACAAACAGUUCUACUGCACCGCAGCCAAUCAGGACGCCGCGGCCAAUAACAAUCUACCCGCACGCGUCACUGAUACGCCCGUUGUCUAGCCAUCCGAAUUUAAAUAUUACUCUCUUAAUUCUAAAAUCUACAUUAGCUUGACUAUGUAAGUUUAAUUACACGAUAUAAUAUUCGACUUUUGUAUAUGAAAUGUGCUAAAAUCUAAAUUAUACUAAAACCGCUUCGCUUUAAUUAUAUUCAUUAUCAUUAUAUUGGAAUUAUAUGUGCAAUAAUUAUUUAAAAUAAGAUCAUAAUCGAUUUUCAGCAUAUCAUAACUGAUAAAAUAAUCGAUAUAAUCUUCAUUCGGUGUCAGACUGAAGAAUGAAAUCUCGUAUUGUACAUAACUAGGUGUUCGUCCGUUAUUGUUAUGUAAAUGUAUUUGUUUAGAAGUUAACCCUUUAUCUUAUUAGUAGUACCUACGUUAUAAACCAAAAUUGUAAAUAAUUGUAAAGAUAUUAUCGCAUUGUAACUAAAUUUAUUACCAUUCGUUUCUAAGGUUGUUCUUUAUUUGUUGUUAUUUUUUUAGUAACUCUCCGAGACACUUUAUCCGUAGUCAAAUUCUAUGGCCAGUUCGGCAUCUACUGAAUAUAACAAUAAGUAGUAAGAGCGAGAUAAUCAGACAAAUUAUUUAUAUUUAACAGAUUUUACAUUUUUCUUGAAUUCGAUUGUGAAAAGUACAAUUCAAAUCAAUUAAAUCCAUAACGAUUUCACUGCAAAUAAAAUAAUUCGAUUCUGAAAAUUUCGAUACAAUUCAAUUGUUUUUUUUUUUUCAACAACAACCAUAGUAACCUUUAAGCUAAGAUCAUUUAUACGUCUAAAUAGACUGUGACAGUUGUGGAAACGUCGAAAAAAAUUGAAACUUAUAUUAGAACUAACCUCUAUUUUGAGGAAUGCACGCACACUAACACAAAGUGUCAUACAAAUCGCGAGUGUAAGACGUAGCUUGUCACGCACACUAAAGUAUUAUUCCUGGCCUGUUUUUAUCAGUUGUCUACAACAGCAAGAGACUAUCUAGACGUAUUAAUUAUCUAAGCCUAUAAGUUAUACAACAAAAAUAUAAAAUAUAGUAGAAAUCUAUACGACCUAAUAAGGCAAGAUUUUUUCAUAUUACUAAAGCUCACAGGGAGAAUUUUCUCAAUUAUUGCAUUCAAGUAGACUUUGAAUUGCUCUUCACAUUACUCUGCCAAUCAAGAUGCUCAGUUCAGCGUUUCACUUAUUAUUUACAUUCCCAACCGCAAACUAACUAAGGUAAAUUUUGAUUGUUGGUUCAAAUAUUUCAAUUAAUAUAUUUUUAAGAAAUAAUUCUAACAGUAAAGUUCAUUCAGGUUAUAAAAUAGAAGUUUUCUAUAGUCAGAAAUAAUUAUAUGACUAGAUUAUAAAGAUUUAAUUUUACAACAAUAUUCUAAAAUAGAGUCACAGGGCCUCUAACAAGUCUUCCUUUUGAUAUAUGCCAAUCUUUGUGUUCAGCAAAUUACAUAUAAUUAGUAACAAUCUUGAUAUUAUCACCAAUAUUCGUACUUGUUUUCAAUUCCAUCUAAGUUUAAAUUCGCUUUAGAAGCCUCUAUGUUAGCCAUGUUCUAUAAAUUGACAGUUUCACUCCAAUACCUUGUUUUGUCUAUGCCAAAGCAUUCGCUAGGUUAAUCCUAAUGCAUUUAUAGGUAUCUCAUUAAUUAUAAUCCUAGUUUUAAGAUGAACAAGACUUAUUCCUUAGAUAAACCUCCGUGUAUUCAUUUGUGCUCGUCUUUAAUGGAAUAAGUCGUCUCGAUAUGGCAUUGGCCAUGGGGUGUGACUUCCCUACUGGUUUAACAUACUUUCUCGUUCAAUUUAUUAUUAAAUUGACUAGAAUUUUUGAAACCUCAUGGUAAAUAUAUUUGCAAUUGUUGAACAAAAAAUCUCUUGGGGGUACUUAUUUGUUGCCAAUUUAGAGAGGCUGGACCUCAAUAACUUUAAUUUCCACUUGGGGGAGCCAUUGGACAAGUAGUGGACAUCUUCAGGCUGAAAUUAUGAGACCUCAAUGCAAUCUCAAAACAAUUACCUAUAAUAAUCAGUUUUUUGAGACCACAUUUGAGACAAACUUAAACAUAUGCAACAAGGAUAUUUUCAAAUUUAAAUUACUUAAUUCAAAAAAAAUAUUUGGAAAAGAAAUGCCUCAGAUCUGGGAAGAACAGUACAUGAUAUACAAUUUUUUAUGAUGUAUUUAGAUCGAACUUAAAGGUAUAAUUAUCUAGUCCUUGUACUUGAAUACUAUAAAGAGAUUUUUUGAGAUAGAGGCCAAUUGCAACUACAUUUGUCAUGCUUUAUAUAAUGUAUACGUAUAUUAGUAAAAUGUAGAAUAACGGAACUUGCCAACAUCCCAAGGCAUGCCAUAUUUAUCAAAGAAAAUCUCGAAUAAAAGUCGACUUGAAUUUCAUGCAAACAUUACGAUUACACAUACAAGUUAUAAGUAAUUCAACUCUACGCCAAAUAUUUGUAUGAACUGCACAGACUGUAGCACCGCUGUCGUUUACUACACAAAGUUACCAUUCUCUAGUUAGUCUGUGCGAACACAGCAUAGAUAACCUAGAUGGCUUUAAGGACUUGUAUCCAAAACCACAAUAAAGUUAACCUAGCCAUUGACAAUGAACGCAGAAAUAGUUAAUAGUCAAUACCCACACAAUCGCACAUUGUACAAUAACAAAACAGUAUGAGAAAACGCGGCUGUGGAAAUUUCUAAUUUAGCGGAACCGAUUUUUGUAAUGUUUCCUUCAAAAAAAAUUGACAAUGGCUCGAACGUUCAUCGCGCGGAGCCAUAAACCAAAAAAAAAUACAAAGUGGCUCUGUGGUUAUUAUUUGACAAUGUGCAGAUCUAGAAAUUAAUGUCAAUGCCUCAUUUUCCCGCUUUUACCAACAUAAUAUUAUUAUGUAUUGAUAUAAGUACUCCAAAAUUUGUACAAAUAAUGGAACUAAAUGGACGUAGAUUAAUACAAGCUACCUAUAUCUCUCCUAACACGUAAAUAGAGCAUUAGUGAUGAAUUGUAAACAAAUAUUGGCAUUUAGAAACCAUUGACUCGUAACUUGUAUGUUUGUAAUGAAAUCAAGUCCAUCUUUAACAUCAGUGCUACAUUUAAAUGUAACGUUUAAUACGGAUAAUGUAAAUUAAAUUACGGCAGACAAUAAAUUAUUUAUCUGAUAUUAAUAA